AGUUUGAAGGCGAGCAGCAACAACAGGAAGCGGAGAGUCUCUGCUGUUAGCUGUUAGCUGUGAGCUGCUCCACAAUCUGCACCGUCUGCUUUAUUUUCACAGGUUUUUUUUUUCUUCCUGCGGUGGAUUCACGCAGAUUUCUCCACCGACCAGACUAUGGAGCCUGAGCAACAUGUCGCUCCCUUGAAGAGGCAGAGAGUUCCUCUGUCAGACUCUGAGGACAACAUCCUCACACCUGCAGAGACCAAUGAAGGCCAAAAGCGGCGGCGCCUGGAGACUGACGGGCAGGAGAACUGCAGUCCCAAGCCGUCCUGCUCCGGGCGCUCGGCUGAGCUCGAGGUGAAGCCGGACACGCCGGCCAUCCCGUCGGUCCGCUCCAGAGUCCAGCAGCUCACACAGAGACAAGAGGGAGGAGCUGCUGUGGCCCAGAGGUGCCUGUCAGAUCCUGGAGCGGACAGCCCAGCAGUCAUCACUCAGGACAGAGCCUUCAGAGAGCAUCUCCUCAGUGAGGACGAGUUCAGUCAGCGAGUCGCACGAUUUAACCUGCCCAUCUCACAGCCGUUCCCCGUGGAGCCCAGCAGCUCAUGCCCUCGCUCCUCCUCCAAUCUAGUGUGUGACAUCCAGCAGAAACUGCAGGGGAGUGUGACGCCCAGCUCAAAGCAGGCCUCCCGCAUUCGCCAGGAGCGAGAGCAGGAGCUGCAGCUGCUGUACUCCCAUCCAAUCCGUGAGAACCCCUGGCUCAAACGCAGCACCUCUGACCCGUCACUGACUGAGCAGGGAAGGACGUCUCUUGGCUCUUCGCCUUCCUCCUGGAUUUCUCCGAGAUCCAGGAGGCGAGUCCGUUGGCCUCCGUUACAGCCCUGGGAUCAGGUAGACGGUGGUGAUGAAAUCAGACAUGGCAACCUCACUGAGAAUGCAGCAUCUGGUGCAGAGACGCAAGAGACGAAUAUGACAAGUGAAAAGGCAUCUUGUGACUCCACAGCUCCUGCCACACCUUUAGAGCUACAGAGUUCAAAUGAGGGGCAGCUGCAAACGGAGCCGCAGCAGCCAGGAGCUCCAUGCGGUCAGAGAGAGGAGCCGGCGUCCAGUCCACCCGAGAGCGUCUCCAAGGACCCCGCUGUUUCCAUAGUAUUUGAGGAGAGAGGAUCAGAGUCCUUCUCCAUUGAAGAAGAGGCUGAAUGUUCCUCAUACGGCGAGGAAGCGAUAGAGCCUUCUACAGACGAGGAGUUGAGGUUGUGGAGGUAUCCUCAGGAGAAACGCGAAGACAGAGAGCCUGACGUAGCCGAAGACGGAUGCACCAAGGAGCGACGGGGCUGGGAUUCUCCAGAAACAGAGACUGGGGAUUUUGACCUCCCUAGAGAGAGUGUAGAUGUAGAAGAUCGCCAUGCUGCUACAGAAGUGGAGGCAGACGCAGUGCAGGGACCGCAGGGCAACACAGAUAGGCCGGAACAUGAAAACCAAACGCAAGAGGUUCACAAAGUCGAGAGCAGAGGAAGCCUCAGGAAAGUCACCUUCAUCCUGGAGCCUGAGCUAAUCACUGACCCAACCCCAUCUGAGACAAAUACCUCCCUCGAGUCUAGAGGAGAGACUAGUUUGUCAGAGGCCGAGCUGAGCUCACACGAGGAGACCAACACCGCUGAUAUGAUCGACCAGAUGUUUGGGGAGGUGCUGGAGUACGCCGGACGGAUGGAGGAGGACCGCGAGGACGAUGAGGACCAUGACAGUGGUAUUGGCACUUGCUCUGGAGACAAGGACAAGAUGCACACAGAGUCCGAGAAGGAGAGAAGUGAGGAAGAGGAGGAAGGGUGCACUGAGAGCAAGACGCUUGAAACCAGCUCAGAUGAUCUGACUUUCCCUCCCAGUGGGAUCCUGUCUCCUCUCAGCAAGUCUGUGGAGGCUGUGGUCACGCCUCUGCGACUGACAGGCAGCCAGCAGUCAAAUUCUUCAUCUCCUUUCCUAACUCCAGAGGAGACCACCACCACCCUCCCUCCUGAGUCUGCUCCUCUGUACAGUAUCGAUGCUUAUCGCACGCAAAGACAAAAUAAGCCGCCCACCAUUCAGAGCGUCACUCCUGGGAUUCAGAGACGGGCCGUGGAGAAGAACUGCCCUCAGCUGUCUGUCAACAUCAAAGACAAAAUUGCGGCUCUAAAUGAGGAGGCAGGGAAGCUGCAGACGGUGAUCAACCAGACCCUGCAGGCUCUGAGCUGCUGCACUGAUGAGGAGCACGGACAGGGCUCGCUGGAGGAGGCGGAGGCCGAGAAGCUGCUGUUGGUCUCCUGCGAGAAGCGCUCGGCCCUGCUGGCUGAGGUGGCCAGGCUGAGGGAUGACAGGAGUCUGGAGUCGGACGAGGCGACAGGAGAAUUAAUUUCCCAGCAGCCAUGCAGAGGGACUGUGAGCAUCAGCCACGUCCAGUUGCCUCUCAAGGUGGAGUUUGUCUGCUCCUCACGCAACCGGACAGGUCGGCCGAGUCACUACUUCUUUGUGCUGUUCCGCUACGGGCCCUGCAACAUCGUCGCCACCCCGCUGGCCACAGCUGCCGACGCCCAGAACGGAGACACCAUCUCCUUUCCCACGUCCAUCACUCUGACGGAUAUUCGCUCUAACUUUGAGAUUGAUAUUGAAGUCUACAGCCUGUCACACACGUCAGUGAGCAGCUGCAGCGUGGACCGCACCGCCACCAAGUCGAGGGUAACGCCAAGGAAGCUUCUGAAUACCAUCACACAGAAAUCAAACAACCGGAUGACAUCUGCUGCCAUGCCCACCCUGAACCCCCGUCGCUCCAGUAACUUCUGUCUGGUGGGCUCCCAUAAGCUGACACUGGCCUCACUGGGACAGAAGAAGUUCCCUCUGGAUAAGGUGCCCUUCCUGUCUCCUCUAGAGGGCAACAUCUACCUGCGCCUGGACAGCGAGAGCCACUCCAACGUGCAGCACCAAGGCUUCCUGACCAUGUUUGAGGUCAUCAGUGGAUUCGGGGUGUGGCAUCGCCGAUAUUUUGUCCUGGAAGGAUAUCGCAUGUUCUGGUGGAACCACCCCAACGACAGGGAGUCCAAGGCGGCAGAGUGCAGCAUCUCUCUGUCCAGCUCCACCAGCCAGUGCGUCAAGCCUGUCAAGAGGGACUCGUGUGCUCGUCCUUUCACCUUCGAGCUGGUCAGCAACGUCCAGCUGCAGCAGCAGAGCAACAGCCAGGAUGCCUUGACCAAGUGUUGGUUCUCAGCCGACACCAAGCAGGAGAGGUUGGACUGGAUGGAGAAGCUGAACCAGGCUCUGCUGGACCUGCACACCUGGAGCAGAAAACCAGAGGAUCGCCAGCAGACCGAGACCUGCAGCGGGGCGAAAAUGAGGGAGAGCAUUCUGUAACCAUAAUCCAGAUGUGAUUUUGGGUCUCCUCUGCCUGCCAGGGAUUAGACUCUGCAUCUGCAUCCCAGCUCUGUCCUCCCUCUGAGGUCACACAGCCACAUCACCAGCACAUCUCCAGCAGCUCUGCAGAUUUCUCUUUGGUUUAUCUUUGGGAGACACCUGCUAGAUUGUUGCUUUUUUUUUUUCCCUGAUUUGAGUCAUUACCUGUUGGUAUUUCUUUUUUUUUCUCUGCCUUAUUGCUACUGGAACAUUUUUAGAUUUAUUCUUUUUCACGGCAGAUAUGAGGGAAUUGAUUUUUUAUUUGACUUGUGUUGGGGUGAUCAGCUGCUUUAGCCUCUUUUGGGCAAAAUGAAUCAGUCACUUUGAGUAAAUCCUGAGAUGGAGCUUCCUCUCAUGGUUUAUAGCCAUGAGGCCAAAUAUUAUAAUAUUAUAAAUAUUAUACUAUGAAUAGUGGCUUAUGGCUAUUUUCUAAAAUAUAUGUCUAGUCAUGUAGCUAUUGUACUUCAUAUCAUUUAAACUGGAAAGGUAUAUAAAUCUAUAUAGAGGCACUACUAAUAAAUAUUGAAGGACGAGAAGCUGUUUGAGCCUGUCAGUAGAAUAAGAAUGUACUAGAAAAGUGAGCAGACACUACAAGUGACCGUUUGUGUAACGAAGGCAUGAUGGUGUUGGAGUGGAAACCGUUCUCAGAGAAUAAUAUGGAUGAAAUCUC